GCUCUAAGAACAACAACAAUGACAUUCAGCAUGUUCAGCUCAAAGAUACGGUGCCAAAGAAGUUUCACAGAUUAAUUUCCUCAGACUUGCUACACACAUAUGUUUUUAGUAAUGAAAGUGAAGCAAACAAAUUCAGACAGGAAUCCAAAAGCAAUGCAGAUAAGACAGUUAUUGUCUUCGACAAGUCCAAACCGCUGUAUUCAAAAGUUGGAGACAAUUUGUCAGAGCUUGGAACAGAAUUGGUAGAAAGUACUGAACCAUGGGUUGUGAACCUUCUUGUAGACUGGUGCCACCAAAUCGAGGAGGUGAUUUGUCAAAGGUCUUCCAAAUAUGAAAGAACUGAGACAUAUGGUGGAAGUAAAGCAAGUGCACCAGGUACCAGCAGCAGUUCAGCAUGUGCACCAGGUACCAGCAGCAGUUCAGCAUGUGCACCAGGUACCAGCAGCAGUUCAGCAUGUGCACCAGGUACCAGCAGCAGUUCAGCAUGUGCACCAGGUACCAGCAGCAGUUCAGCAUGGUCCAAAAUUGCAACCAGUCAUCUUAUAGAACUACACACUUUGCAUUCUGCUAAAUUCACAAAACCUUCAAUGAAAAAGAAGGAUGUGUGGAAAAUUAUUUGCUCUGAAAUUUGCAACAAGGGCUUUUCUUUCACUGUGAACCAAUGCGAGCAGAAAUGGAAAAAUCUCACAAAAGCCUACAGAGACUGCAUUGAUCACAAUUCAAAGUCUGGUAAUGACAGAAAGGAAUGUCCUUUUUACAAAGAAUUGCAGGAAUGUUAUGGAUAUAAACCCAACGUAAAACCACUGUUUACCCUAGAAACUCACAAGGAGAAUGAUACAGAAAGCACAGAUGCAGAGCAAUUUAAAGCAGAAGAGUCAACUUCAAGUGACUGUGAUGCAGUGACCCCUAAAAGAAAAAGGAAAAACCAGCCAAGUGAAAUAUUAGCCAUCUUAGAUGAUAUGAGAAAUGAAAACAAAGAAAUGAUAAAGACACUAAAAGACCAACAUGAAAAGAGAAUGGAAAAUGAAGCAAAAAAAAUUGAAAUCAUGAGUCAGUUAGUGGAAGUAAUGAAAAAACAAUAAUUAUCGUAUGAUGGGAAAUUAUGAUUUAUUAGUGUACCAAAGGGAUUACAGGUGGUAAUUUCUGGAGAGUUAGCUCUGAAAAUGCUUGAAAAUAGCUUUUAAAGCUUACAUAAGAAUGUUUCAUUAUGUUUUAA